GGAAACAAAAAUGCUAUUUGCUUAUUUUGCUGGUAGUGGUGAACCUGUUUGGUUUAUUUUGUUUCAUUUACUACCUAACCCUUAUUUUUACAGUUUCAUUUUGUUGGACUAUUUACUGAAGUCAACUGAAAGAAUUUAUUUCACUUUUAUUUAAAUUUUGUAAAUUCUGACAGAACUUUUUAGGUAAGCCCUGAAGAAAGUUUUGUGGGGAAAAAAGCAAUACAGCCAUGGGAGGGUCAGGCUCAAAGCAAGAGUCUCCUCCUCCUCCUCCUCGUAAGUGCUUUGAUCAGCCAUGGAGAACUCUGCCAGACAAAAAUCAGAGUCUCACCUUUGUGAAAAACUACCAAACUGGAAACGGUGACAUCAGUCGUCUCAGGAUUCUGCUUCAUGGACCAAUCGGUGCCGGCAAGUCCAGUUUCGUCAACUCCGUGGACACUGUCUUACAAGGCAGAGUUACCGGUCGAGCUCCGACAGAUGCAAUCUCUGGGAGAAGCUUCACCACAAAGUACACAACGUACAAGUUCAAGAAAGCUUCGGGUGGCUUUUAUUCUGUCGUUUUCAAUGACAUCAUGGGAUUCGAGAAAGCCACCAACACUGGAGUUGAUGUGGAAGAGGUCAAACUGGCCCUGAAAGGACAUGUUGCAGAAAAUCAUGUGUUCAAUCCCCAACGGCGGUUGAUGGAGGGUGAUAGCGGUUACAGGUCAUCUCCCACUCCGGCUGACAAAGUUCAAGUCCUGGUUUGUGUCUUUCCUGCCGACCAAAUAAAUAUAGUAGCUAAAGAAGUUGUGGAGAAGCUAAGAGAUGUCAGACUCGCAGCCAGUGACAUGGGAAUUCCCCAACUGGUUGUUAUCACCAAAGUGGAUGAAGCCUGUCCUGAGGCGAAAAGAGAUCUGAAGAAUGUCUACAAGAGCAAGUACCUGAAGGAACUGGUCGACAAAUGCCACCUUUUCAUGGGGAUUCCACUGAACUGCAUCUUUCUUGUGAAGAACUACUGUUCAGAAGUCGAUCCCAACGAUGUGACUGAUGCUCUGAUACUGAGCGCACUGAAGCAGAUGGUUAACUUUGGUGACGACUACGUCAGCUACCUCGAGUAGACCUGCUGCUGCUGAGGCAAACACAUUCUCAUGAAUGGGUUUGUAUGAUUCCCCACAAAAAGUAGUGCACUGAAAUUCAUAUCACCCAUUAAGUUUACAUUAAGCUUAGGUGCCAACAGCAAAGUUAAUGUGAGGAAAAAAGAACAGGGUUAGGGUUAUGAAAGCUACUUCUGUACACAACUUCCAACGGGACACGAACACCAGCCUCCAGGUCUGCUGGUCUCCUGUUGUUCUGGCCUCAGGCAUUAAAAACAUUUUUUGCUGACUGGGCUGCUGGUGUUUGUGAGAUCCAUCCACCACAGCUUCCACCCGCCCUAUAGGCGCCUACAUGGCUUUAAUUCUACCCCACCAGACAAAAUCUGUGCAAUUUUUUAGAAAAGCUACACAUUCCAGGGCAUUACUUUUGGUAGGAAAUCAUACAAACCCUUCAUGAGAGCAUUCUGCUGAGACAAACCUUGAAUGAUUAAGAUAUGAAGUAAAAUAACUUCAGUGUUAUCUGCAUGUUUUCUUUUCCUUUGCUUUGUGUAUUCACUGUAUUGUAAGGCCUGCAAGACAUUUUUAGGUGAAAAAAAAAACAUCCUUUCUGAGAAGCUGUAGCAGUUUCUGUACAACCAUUCCAAGUUAAAGCUGAUUAUUUUUUACCAACAGUUUGGCUUAUGGCCACUGGUAUAGUCUUCUUAAUAAAGAAAGAAAAGGGUCAUGCUUGCAAGCUGUAAGUUUGUUUUAAAGAAAACAGCCACAAUUGGCAAAAAUGUAAUGCAUGUUUUUUGUUGUUUUUCAUUUUUUAUUUUACUAAUACUCUGCUGCCGUUAUAUUGUUUGAUUCCACAUUUGUUGUCACUGCCAAGUUGGUUCACACUACACUACCACCUGAGUUUUUUGUUGUUGUCACAAUGUAUCUUUACUAUAAUGAAUAAAGUAUGAA